CACACCUUCUAGGAUAAUGCCAGGAUCGAAUUUGAAUGAAAUGGAUUAUGUUUUAUAUUUCGCAAAACCUUAUAGUGAGUGGAAGCUGAUAAAUUUUCUAAAAAGAAAAAAAUACAAGCAAGCCCAACAAGAUACUAAUUGGAAAGAUGAAUAUGAAACUUAUAAAAGACAUAUAAACCGUAUUUUUGAUGAGAAAACACAAAAAAAUCUUUAUAAAACUUACUUGAAAGACAAAGGAUCAAACGAAGUCAAGAAGUUUUGGUCAGGCUGGUGCCAGCAAUAUGCGAAAUCUGAUAAAAAUAAAAUUCUACCUGAAGUGCAGAAUUUCUUAGGCAUGCAUGAUGAUGUAUUAGAACAAAAAUCAGCAAACUGGGAAUUAUUGGAAAAUCAAAAGCAGAAAUCCAAUAAUAAGUUACCAUCCAGACGAACUAUAGAAGAUUCUCUGCAAGAAGCAAUCAUUCAAAUUCAAGAAAAAGAUUCUUAUUAUAAUCAUGAAAUUUUUUCAAAUAUUAUUAAUACAAAUGAUAAUGACAUUAAAAAGAUUCCUUCAUUUAUAUUAACACUUUUGCAAGUUAAUUAUAUUCAUCUUUUAAUAGACAAUGAGAUCAGACAACUAAUAGAACGUAUUAAUUUUAAUACUAUACUUGAGGCCCUAACUAUGACUACAAUGGAAAACAUAAAUACCAAUGCUGAUAAUACCAUCACGAACGCCAAUACCAUCACUAAUAUUAGCAAUUCAAAUAUAACCAUGAGCAAUGCUAGCACUAAUGAUAUAGGUGACAAAGGUGCAAGCGUUUUUAAGAAAAUAACAGGACUAACACCAUAUAUUAAAUGUGUUAUUAAGAGAUU